AUGUCGCAGCCCCCCGCUAUGCAGGCCAACCUCACUGGCCCUGCGAAACUAGAGGCGGUCAAAAGUUUAAUGGACAAAUUGGGUGAAGACUUGAAGGAGCCUGUGUUGCUCCCUCAACAACGCGAUGCUGCACUCGAAGAACUCAAGGUAUACGGACGGGAUCCCACCAAUGCUGAUCCGAUUUUCACUCCAGAGGGCAUCGAAAUCCUCGCAAAACACGCGUUCACCAGCCCUUCAAACUCGACAGCCAGAGCCGCUCUCAGAGUUCUGGCCAAUUCCAUGCUGCUGAACCCCACGGCCCGGCAAACAUUUGUCGGUCUCGGCUAUGAAGACCUGGCCUGUAAGAGGUUGAGAAACGACAGCUUCGAUGAUGAGUUUCUUGUCUCGAGAGUUAUCUUCCUCACAACGUACGGCACCAAUAUUGACUUGCUGGCACUGAUCCAGAAACACCGGCUGGCAGAGAUCAUUAUUGGAAACUUAUCCAAGCAUGCCAAGCUUCUGACAAACCGCGAACCAAAGGCGCCUAUUGACCCUAUGGAGGACAUGGCGCUGAAUGAGACUUUGAAGCUGCUUUUCAACGUAUCUCAUUACUGUCCCUCUGAGGUGGAUGCUUUCACGGGCUGCACACCACACAUCAUUGCCUUGCUCUGGAAGCACGACAUUCCUUCCGACAAACCCCUCAACCCACCUUUCAAUGCCCUCGUCAACGCGCUGCUCGACUUGAAGUUGGAGGACAAGGACAUCCAAGCAUUUAUCUACCCCAAGGCCGAACCCAACAUGUUGGCGGAGCGGUUGAUUGAGAUAUUGGACCCGGCGCUGAAGACUUACCCCGACAACGAACUCGAGCAGCUUGUGACGCCUCUUGUCGGCGUUUUGCGCCGGGUCUAUGGUGGUGCUCCUGAAGAGGUCAAAAAGUAUUUCAGGGAGACUCUUCUUCCAACUGAACAAGACAGGAAAGAGGUUCUUGGUCGCGGUUCAUCCUUGACGUCACGGCUGCUGCGUAACUCGACGAACCCCCUGACUCCUCAUCUGCGCGACGCCAUCUCGCGUCUUCUCUUCGACAUGUCAGACCAGGAUGCGUCCAAGUUUGUUCAGAACGUCGGAUACGGCUUUGCCUCAGGUUUUCUCUUCCAGAACAACAUCCCGGUCCCCGCGAGUGUAUCUGAAGCUUUCAGCACUGGCGAGGCCCAGAAGCCAGUCAACCCUAUUACGGGACAGUUUGUAGAGUCCGAGAAGCACGUGGAUGUCCCGGAAAUGACGGAAGAUGAGAAAACAAGAGAAGCGGAGAGGCUUUUUGUACUGUUUGAAAGACUGCGCAAGACGGGUGUCGUCGAUGUCCAGAACCCGGUCGAGAUGGCAGCGAGAUCUGGGCAACUUCACGAUUUUGGAGAUAAACGAGUAGAGGAAGUCGAUGAAUGA